GUUCCGUAUAAAUUCAGCUUUCUGAAACGGAAAUUUACCCUUAUGAUUCUUUCCUUCUCCUAGCCACAGCGCACUUAGCUUUCACGUCCUUCUAAGUUUUAAUAACUCGGCACAACUGAAUAAAACCCUAGCAGCAGACUAAGCUCCGCCAUUUUAAGCGGCGGCAACCCCCUCCUGGAUCACAGAACUGAGCCAUCUCAUUCCUCCCUGUGAAUCUUUAUGCUCGAGGAUCACCAAUUAGAAUCAAAGCCCUACUUUGAUGGUGAAAGAAGAGAUUCGGGUUUUCUGAAGCUGCUUUUUGAAGUCUCCUUCAGUUGAAGCUGCUGCUAGGUUUACUGACACUUAUCGUCCACGGGUUUAGGGUGUUUUGUUUUUCUUCAUUGGAACUUAAUGGGCACCAGGGAUACUUUGCUUCUCCUAACAUAUGAGGAAGAAAUCAUAAAUGGAGAGCCAAUCUACAUUUCCUCAAACUGCUUACCAAUUAAAGCUCACAGAUUUGAGCCUGCUGGUCAUUCUUUUCACUCUGCUGCACUUAGGCUGACGGGUUACCUCGAGGAGGAAAUCCUUGAAGAUGAAAAGCAGGACGUGCCUGUGGAUAAGGAACAUGCUCAUAUGUAUUCUUCUGAAUCUUACAGUAGUAAGAGUAAAAAGAAAUCUUCUGGCGAUGCAAAACAGCAGGAUCAUUAUGCAUUGCUGGGGUUGGGCCAUUUGAGAUAUCUUGCUACUGAGGAUCAAAUAAGGAAGAGCUACCGUGAAGCUGCAUUGAAGCAUCACCCUGACAAGCAGGCUGCUCUUCUUCUUGCUGAAGAAACAGAGGCUGCAAAGGAGGUGAAGAAGGAAGAAAUAGAGACCCAUUUCAAAGCAAUCCAAGAAGCAUAUGAAGUUUUGAUUGACCCAACUAGAAGAAGAAUUUUUGACUCCACUGAUGAGUUCGAUGAUGAAAUCCCAACAGAUUGUGCCCCUCAGGAUUUCUACAAGGUUUUUGGACCCGCAUUUUUCAGGAACGGCCGCUGGUCUGUUAACCAACCAGUUCCUUCCUUGGGAAAUGAGAACACCCCAUUUAAAGAAGUGGAUAGCUUUUAUGACUUUUGGUAUAGUUUUAAAACCUGGAGGGAGUUUCCACAUGACGAUGAGUUUGACCUUGAACAAGCUGAGUCUCGCGAUCAUAAAAGAUGGAUGGAAAGGCAAAAUGCAAAGCUGUCUGAAAAGGCAAGGAAGGAGGAAUAUGCAAGGGUGCGCAUGCUAGUUGAUAAUGCUUAUAAAAGAGACCCAAGAAUCGUGAAGAGGAAGGAGGAGGAGAAGGCUGAGAAGCAGAAGAAAAAGCUUGCCAAGAUUCAAGCAAAGAAAAUGCAGGAGGAAGAAGCAGCUAGAAUUGCAGAAGAGGAGAGACGCAGGAAAGAGGAAGAGGAAAGAUGUGCUGCGGAAGCUGCUCAGCAGCAGAAGAAGUUGAAAGAGAAAGAGAAGAAACUGUUGCGCAAAGAACGGACCCGUUUGCGCACAAUCUCAGCACCCAUAUUGACAGAGCAUUUACUUGGCCUUACAAAUGAUGAGGUGGAAAAUCUAUGUGUGUCCCUUAAUAUUGAUCAGCUGAAGAACUUGUGUGAUGGGAUUGAGGGAAAAGAAGGGAUUGCAAAGGCAGAACUUCUCAGGAAGGCACUCGGACAUGAUCAGAACACUAAGGAGGAGGGGAAGCAAAAUGAGAAGAGCAGCAUACAACAAAAUGGUGGCGGCAGCACUUACUCAGUGACUAAUGGACAGAACCCGUUCUGCAACAGUGAGAGAAGUGAGAGAGAAUGGAGCAAAGAAGAAGUUGAUCUUUUGAGAAAAGGAGUGCAGAAGUAUCCUAAAGGAACAUCCCGCAGAUGGGAAGUUAUCUCAGAAUACAUUGGUACCGGAAGGACAGUUGAGGAGAUUCUGAAGGCAACAAAAACAGUUCUUCUCCAGAAACCAGACUCUGCUAAAGCUUUUGACUCCUUCCUUGAGAGGAGAAAACCUGCGCCAACAAUUGCAUCUCCUCUUUCAACGAGGGAGGAAGUAGCAGUAGAGGGAACAAUUUCAAACAACGACCAGAAUGAUGAAAGCAAGCUACCAGCAAAUCCUAUCAGCCAAAGCACCAAUGACUGCCAAAUCCCUGUUGAGGACCAUGUUGCCGCAGCAAAUGUGACUGAAGGAGAUGUAUGGUCGGCUGUUCAAGAACGAGCAUUGGUUCAAGCUCUCAAAACCUUUUCCAAGGACGUUAGCCAACGGUGGGAACGGGUUGCAGCUGCUGUUCCCGGGAAAACUGUGAACCAGUGUAAAAAGAAAUUUGCAUCGCUGAAGGAGAGCUUCAGGAACAAGAAAACUGCGGCAUAAUGUCUCUUAUAGAGAUGUAUACAUUGGAUGGUGUGAAUAGGGUAAUAUUCAAAACUUCUUGGUUUUGAGUUUCAUUCUUUUCACUUGAUUUUGCAGAAAGCAGCUCCUUGCUAGAUUUCACUUCUAUAUUAUUUCCUUCACAUUAGUUAUCGUUGAGCUAUAUAAAUCUACUUUUUAUUCAAGUUGCUUAGUCACAUUGCGAAACACGAGCAUAUAGCUGAAGAGAUUGGAUCUGAGGUAACUGUUACCCAUACUGUUUGUUUGUUUCAUCCAAAUUUUGAUUAAAACUUCAAUGCAUUCUUUUUUCCUUAUUAUGUAAUGGCCAGUUCGUUGUGUUGGCUGACACCAAAGCAUAUUUUGUUUGAAACCCAUCAUCGGGUGACCUGGAAAGUAGUUCAGAUUGAUGAUAGAUCACGGAGGCAUUCUAAAAUUUCUAUAUAUGAUACUCCGUAGUAUUAUGCUUGACAACUUUGGGUUUAAUCAGUG